AUGGGUGUUUUCAAGAUUCCUAAGUCCCUUUUAUUGGAAAUUGGUCUAUUGGUUCAACAAUUCUGGUGGGGUCAAAAAGCUGAGGAGAGGAAGAUUCACUUGUGUCAUUGGGAUAAAAUGUGCAAAGCUAAAGCAAUUGGUGGGUUAGGAUUCAGAGACCUUGAACAUUUUAAUCUUGUUAUGCUGGCUAAACAAGUGUGGAGAUUGCUUCAUUUCCCUGAGUCCCUUGCUGCAAAGGUUCUCUCUUCUAAAUACUAUCCUGAUGGUCAAUUUCUCAAGGCUACAAUUACAAGGCACCCAUCCCUUAUAUUGAGAACUAUCAUGGCUGCAAAACCAUUGUUAGAUGAAGGAUUAUUUUGGCAUAUUGGUAAUGGUGCAGAUACUAAGAUUUGGCACCAUAAAUGGUUGCCUAUUCCAACAUCCUUCAAAGUUCAAAAUCAUAUAGAUUUGUUGGAUCCUGAGGAGACAGUUUUUGCACUGAUCAUGAAGCCAAAACCUGGAAGACAAAAGUGA